GGCGAAGUGGAUGAGUACACUCGAGGUGGUGGCGGUGCGCCGCGCGCCAGCCACGAGUGCGAGGAGUGUGGCGCGGGGUUUAAGAAGCCAGCGCAUCUGAAGCAGCAUAUGCAGAGCCAUUCGCCCGAGGCUAUUUCAAUGUGUGAAGCAUUGGAUCCCAAAGAACUCCAAAAUGCAAGAGGGCCUUGAAUGGACUAGUACUGGGAUGGGGAGACCCUCCUGGGAAGCUCCAUCAGGAAUGCCUCUUUCACGCCCUUCUUACAGACUAUAUGUAAGAAAUGAAUGUGUGAAGCAUUGGAUCCCAAAGAACUCCAAAAUGGCAGAAGGCCUUGAAUGGACUAGUAUCAGGAAGGGGUGACCCUCCUGAGAAGCUCCAUCAAGAAUGCCUUGUUCACGCGCUUCUUCAGAGACCCUUUGCCUGCCAUGUGGAUGGUUGCCCUUUGAGCUAUAGCAGGAAGGACCAUUUGAACCGCCAUCUACUUACCCAUCAAGGAAAACUAUUUAUAUGCCCUAUGGAAGGAUGCAAUCGCAAGUUCAGUACCAAGGGUAAUAUGCAGAGACAUGUUCAGGAAAUUCACGAGGAUAGCUUUCAGUGUGGAAGCAAGAAAGAGUUCAUCUGUCCAGAGGAUGACUGUGGGAAGACUUUCAAAUAUGCUUCCAAGUUACAGAAACAUGAGGAAUCACAUGUCAAGUUGGAUUACUCUGAAGUUAUCUGUUGUGAACCUGGCUGCAUGAAGACCUUCACUAAUGUGGAAUGCCUCAAGGCCCAUAACCAAUCAUGUCAUCGGUAUGUUCAGUGUGAUGUCUGUGGCACCAAACAGCUGAAGAAGAACUUCAAGCGUCAUCAGCGAAUGCAUGAAGGUUCACGUGUCACUGAGAGGAUUAAAUGCCUCUUCGAUGACUGCAAGUGCUCAUUUUCAAAGAAAUCCAAUUUGGACAAGCAUAUUAAGGCAGUUCAUGAGCAGAGCAGACCCUUCAUCUGUGGAUUCUCUGGGUGUGGCAAGAGGUUUUCGUACAAGCAUGUAAGGGACAAUCAUGAGAAAUCUAGUGUUCAUGUGCACGUUGAGGGAGAUUUUGUGGAGGCUGAUGAGCAACUACGACCGCAUCCAGGUGGGCGCAAGAGGAAGCCCAUUUCUGUUGAGACCUUGAUGCGGAAGAGGGUAGCUGCUCCUGGUGAUGCGUCUGCCUACGAUGAUGGAACUGCGUAUCUGAGAUGGCUUCAAUUAGGUUGAUUUGUCCUGAACUGGAAGGGAUGAGAAAGAUGUUGUGUUUUUUGAGAGGGCUUCUAUACUACUGCUAUUGUUCGUGUAUGUAUGUAUAGCUGAAGUAAAAAAAGCUAGGCAAAAACAGUAUGUUAGUUGUAAGAUUUUUGGAUAGCAAUUGGCAGGUAAGUCCUUUCUGUUAUUCAAUCGACCCUCCACUUGUAUAUGAAAUAGUACGGAGUAUGAAUUAAUGAAGAUGCCAUUUUCGCUGA